AUGGAACCGAAGAAUGGAGGACCCAACUCGAAUUCCAGUGAAACCUGCUACGAUCCCUUAAAUCCCCUAUUCUUCACCCCCGUUGGGCAGUUUUUAGGGUUCAAGGCGUGCAGUGCCGCGGCGAGGACGUUUUGGGUGUCACAUCCUAUGCAACUCUCCGAUUGUCCUCGAUUUGGACACUUAGCCUCUACACCAAACCCCCACCCAGCAGGCGAUUCAGAGGGCAACGGUAGUAUGGAAAACAAAGGAAACCUGCCCCCGACGAUCUGCAGUCUCGGUAUCGGUAGCGUGUGGAGGGAGGCUGGAGUGUCAAAAUCGAGAUCCCGAUGUUCUCGCUGGGUGGGCAUCACCAUAUUCAUCGCUACACUUAUCAUGCCAAUAUUGCCUUUUCUGCCACGUCAAUGGACUAGAAAGGAACUCCCCCCCAGAAUUCCUUUCCAGGUCAUGUUUGAAUUGCUGCUGGCCGUGAAUGGCAAGAACCACAUUGAAGACUGGACAAAUGGCCCUAGUCCAAAUCGGGACAGAGUAUACUUGAAGGAAAAGUUCUACCGAUGCAAUACUCACCAAGAGGUGGAGUUUCGGGACACUGAGAUCCGGCUCACUUCAGGUCAAUUGUGCGAACAGGGUGUGUCCGUCAGCGACCAGCUCCUGAGGCGAGCAGAAACGGUUGCCUUGAUGUUUCACCACAAUCAGGGAAGAAAACCCAUAAGGAACGUUUGCCAGUCAGUGCAGCUAGGUCUGGUUCAUGUACCGAGACAUGUAAGGCCAGUCCCUCUGAAACAGUUCACCUCCGAAGCGCUUGUUCAACAUCUUCGUCAACAGCCAGGGACUCCGGGGGAGCAAGCCGUUUUUGUACUUUCCACCGAUGCACAAGACGCAUGGAACAUGACAUACCAAAAUCUACCGACAGCUGAAAGACAGCGCACACCUGAAACUGAAGAGGUGACCCUUGGAGGAAGAAAUACGCCGUUCUUGGGGAUGCAACCCACCUCAGAAGCUGCGGCAACGGCAGAGUACUCUCUAGGCCUAAAGAGAAGAAUCCCAAUGUAUCGACGAACCAUUCCUGUCGUCCGAAUAUCAGGACCAGUAUGGUUUGGCAUACGCUGCACACAUGGUCAGUCCACCGUCCCUCGUCUAGCCUUUCUUAUUGGAGCUCACAUCAUCCCAGCGAGGAAUUCAAUAUAA